AUGUCAAGGAUGAGCCAAACACUUAACCAACUAUUUGGCAUGGCUUGGCUCGGGUCUUGGGCUCGGUCAAUUCGUGCCUCCUCCAAAGGCGGCGGUGGUCAGUGGACUCCUCUCACGCGGCACGAAAUCAAGAGCAACGACAUGAUUGCGCUCGCAAAUUACACAGUGAUCGAGCACAACAAAGAGAAAAAAAUGAAUCUGGGACAUAAGUACAAUCUGUCUGAAACAACCACCGAUUACGAUAAUUGCACAACACCUAUCUGGAGCUGCGACGGCGUUCUCGGGAGCUACAACGCGGUCGUGUGGGUCCAGGACUGGAAGAACCUCACAAAGCUCGUGUCCUUCAAAAAGAUUAAAUGA